ACGAGAGCCACUGCCACUUGAAUGUGAGCUGUGAUUGAAUAAUUGGAUGAGGAGCUGUCACAUCCUCAGUCAUUGCCACUGCCAUGUCGAUCGUUGUCGCUCUGCUGCUCGUCGUGCACGCCCUCUCCAUUCAAGGGUCAAAUCCCUGUAAUAAUGUAGCGCACACGUUCUACAGAAAGCUCAAGUGCACUCCUGAAAUGACUCCCGGUUCGUCCUGCCCUGCCAGCUACAAGUGUGACUAUUUACUCAACAGAGAUAAGGAAAUGUGCUACCUGUUUGGAAGAGAGUAUGCUAUUGACAGCGUAGUAUCAAGAAAUAAAGUGGACUUUGAGACUCCAUGCAUAGAGUCAUGUACGUGCAUCAAGUCAGACGAAGGCGCCAAGUUCUGGUGCCAACUUGGUCGAGGACUGAGCGAAUGUGAACCACUGCCACAAGAAUGCCGCAGACAUGUGUUUGAAGAGAGUUUCAGCUGUUGCAAGAAGAGUUUUGUUACUUGUGAUAAAGUUUCAGAUCCCACACACAGGAAGGAUGUGAAGUGCAUUUACAACAACAAAACAUAUUCGGAGGGUGAGAGGUUCUUCCCCACCAGUGACGUAACUUGUACGCAAUGUAUUUGUGCUGACGGAUUCAAUGGCAGUAUAGCAUCUCCGUUCUGUGCUCCGACAGACUGUCCCUUGGAACUCUGGGGGGACACGCCCCACCGCCUUACUCAAGGGUGUAUCCCCGUCUACCUCAGUGCGCAAGGAUGCUGUCCUGUUAUGUUUCGGUGUCCUAACUCAACAGAUUCUAUAGUAAAAGCAGAGAAGACGCCUUCGGAUAGAGAAGAGUUGACUUGCAAUUUUGGCCAUCUGAAGAUGAACGUGGGGGAUAAAAUCUCCCCAUGGGCCGACCACAGUGAUGUAGAAUGCAGAUGUGAUAUUCCGCCAAUGCCAAUUUGCACCAAAACCAACAUGGUCCUUACUGCCGACAUGAUUAGAAUGAUCAACCAUGAUCAUCGACAAUGAACACAAUUGCUUUUCUAUUCACUUACCCUCUAUUCCUGGGGAUCUCCUUUUGUAAAACGUUUUUACUUGA